AAAUGGAGGGAAGGGAACACGAUGGGCUCACUGUUUGGAUAUCUCUUUGUGAAUAAAACCCACGUCCCUUGAUUUUUCUUCUUGUUUUGCGCCAUUAGUUCUGUCCUCUGGCCAAAUUGACUGCUAGACACUGUGAGACCAGAGAGAUUACUAGCCUCAGUUAAAUAGCAUCCACCUGUUGAAUUAGGCUACAGCAGAUCCACAUCACUGGAAGGCUCCAAUGAAAUGCCAAGUUAGAACGCUUUGAAAAGCCCUCCCUCUUGAAAGGUGAUUGGUUUCUGUAAAGCAUCUGCAAAACAGAGGAGGGUUCCUGAGGACCAUAAAAAAAUGAGAAAAUGAAUACGAUCAGUUCAUGCAAGGGAUGGCUCCAGAGGUCUGAUCUCCACAACCUGAAGAAGAGAGGAAGAGCCCAUCCUCAGGACACACUCAAAGACACAGCCUUGACCAGAGGAGACCCUAUAAGAGCAGCCCUGGUAACUAACAGCACUGAGGUGUCUAACCGCCCCCGCUGUGGCGUCCCUGACUACCCCAUGCUGAAAGAUGUCCUCUACAGGGGGAAACACAGGCAGAAACGAUUUGUCCUGUUCGGGGGGCGCUUGGAGAAGACUGACCUCACCUACAAAGUGGUUCGCUUCCCCUGGCAGAUGAGUGAGGACAAGGUGCGGCGUGUCCUGCAGGAAGCACUGAGAGUGUGGAGUGAGGUCACACCCCUCACCUUCACUGAGGUCAGCAGUGGAAAGGCUGACAUUGUCAUCGACUUCACCAGGUACUGGCAUGGAGAUAACCUGCCCUUUGACGGGCCUGGGGGCAUUCUAGCCCAUGCCUUCUUCCCCCAGACCCACAGGGAGGGCGACAUCCAUUUUGACUAUGAUGAAGCAUGGACCCUUGGCAACUACAUGGGCACAGACCUCCUCCAAGUGGCUGCUCAUGAGUUUGGGCAUGUUCUGGGCCUGCAGCACUCCCGGGAACCGGGUGCAGUGAUGUCCCCUUAUUACAGCUUCUCCUAUCCCCUGGAGCUGAGCGAGGAUGACAAGCUGGGGAUCCAAUACCUGUACGGCCAUCGUCCACAUAUCCCGCCCCCAUCUCCACUAUCACCACCGCCACAAAUCACCACAGAGACCAAUGAGAUCAUUAGUAGUAUCCCUGACGUCUGCCAGACAGACUUUGAUGCUGUGUCUAUGAUCCGCGGGGAGCUGUUUUUCUUUAAAUCAAGCUAUGUGUGGCGCAUUCGGGAGGGGCGGCUGGAGGCGGGCUACCCCGCGCUGGCGUCCCGCCAUUGGAGGGGGAUUCCAGAGAGCAUUGAUGCUGCCUUUGAAGACCAAUCAGGGAGUAUCUGGUUCUUUCAAGGUCAAAGCUACUGGGUGUUUGAUGCAGAGAGACAGAUCACAGGGCCAGAACCUGUGCGGAGGCUCGGCCUGUCAGUCUCCCACAUCCAGGCAGCCCUGCUCUGGGGCCAGGACAGCAGUUACAACACCUACUUAUUCAAGUCAGGCAGCUACUGGAGGUUCAGCCCCAAGGAGAACCGCGUCCACUCUGUCUACCCUCGCAACAUGCAGGACUGGAGCGGCAUCCCCAGUGAUGUAGACGCAGCCUUCAAGGACCAACACGGCUAUGCCCACUUUAUCCGAGGGAGGCAGUACUGGAAGUUUGAUCCUGUGGAGAUGAAUUUACUACAGGGGUAUCCUCGCUAUAUUGGAAUGGACUUCUUUGGCUGCCUAAAUGCAUGAAUAAUCAGUAUUAAGUGAUGCCGCUGUCUCAAGAUCAAACCCAAGUCCAGGUUUAGUCCAACUAUGCUCUCGUACUGAUGGUCUUCAAAUACAACAUUGUAAUAUUGUGCAUUUUUUGGGGAACAAGACCAUUGCAUCGACAGAGGCUUCUUCAUCUUCUUCCAAAUGUUGAAGAAACAAACUAUUUAGAAAGAGACUUUAUUUCUUUUACUUGAGUGAGUUCCAAAAAACGUGUGUUCUUCCUCAAAUAUGUUUUUGUUUAAUCAUGAUCUUAACACUUUGAACGGACUAGAUCCUUUUUUUCUUCUCAGGGAAACACAAAUUCAAAUGUUUCCUCAGAGGUUGGACUUCAUGUGCAGCUAUGUACUUGUAUUUAUUUGUUACUGGGUUCGGUUCUAUGGUCAGAAGUUGCAUUGUUCAAGACCAUGGACUGACAGCACAGUGCCAUCUACAGUCCAGUACCAACCAAUUGCAGGAGGUUCUUUUUAACUAUAUUAUGAUGUAUAAUUUACUCCAGAGAUGUUGCAGCAUAAACAUGUUUGCUUUAUUCUUAAAGGGAAAUAUGUCUAAAGCACUGCAAUUAAGGUGCUAAAUCUGUUAAUCACUGACAAUCAGGGACACCGUUUGUUCUCAAAUGUUAUGAACACUUACUCACAGUCUUAUAUGUAUGACAUCAAGUACAUUAUCUCGUCACAUUUAAUUUCUCUCUAAGAUUAAUAUACUUAAUUCAAUAAUGUUCCAUCCAUGGUGCUCUCAGUCAGUGCAAAGGGAUGGGGUGAACUUGGUGCUGCAUUAUGUGAAUCUAAGCCAUGAGGAUAAGUUACUUUUUGGAUGACUGCAGUUUGUCAGUGCAGGACACUGAUAUAUCUGCUUUACUGUAAAAUACACUACCGGUCUAAAGUUUUAGAACACCUACUCAUUCAAGGGUUUUUAUUUAUUUAGACUAUUUUCUACACUGUAGAAUAAUAGUGAAGACAUCUAAACCAUGAAAUAGCACAUACUGUAUGGAAUCAUGUAGUAACCAAAAAAGUGUUAAACAAAUCAAAAUAUAUUUUAUAUUUGAGAUUCUUCAAAUAGCCACUCUUUGCCUUGAUGACAACUUUGCACACUCUUGGCAUUCUCUCAACCAGCUUCACCUGGAAUUAUUUUCCAACAGUCUUGAAGGAGUUUCCACAUCAUAAAUAUAUAUUUAGAUUUGUUUAACACUUUUUUGGUUACUACAUGAUUCCAUAUAUGUUAUUUCAUAGUUUUGAUGUCUUCACUAUUAUUCUACCAUGUACAAAAUAGUAAAAAUAAAGAGUAGGUGUUCUAAAACUUUUGACCGGUAGUGUAUGUAUUUGUGAUAUUUUGUGUUUGACAGCCAAUAGCUGCAGCCUGGUGGAUAACUUGUUUUUAGUCUGUCUCUUCUAACAUUUCGAGUGUUGACUAUAGAGCUCAGAAGUAUUUCAGGACAUAAUUGAUCUUUAAUUAAAAGAGCCAUUAUAUCGGUUCUAAUUACAUAUUAACAUGUUUUUCUACUCAAAUGUCACAUUUACUAUGUAAAUACAAAUAUAUGAAUUCUGUACUGUGUUUUGGUACAAAUAAAAUAUUUCAGCCUGA